AUGGCAAGGUUCUCACGAGGAUGGCUCAGUGUGAGCUUCUUCAUUCUCUUCCAGAUUAGCUUCGCCUUGGUCUUUGAUGAAGUUCCUGCCUCUGAUGUUGUCCCGUCGAACCUGCAAACCAGGGCGAGUGGAGAUGUUGACCUCUCCAUGCUGGAACUGCUGAAAAGAGACUCGUUCUACUGGACUGGAACCCAAAAUGGACACCUCGCCCUGGCCAACCUGACCAUCGACCUACCCGGCGACGACGAGACAGUCAUCUCGCUAGACCGAUUCAAGCACCUCGUCGGGUCCGUACAAUGCACGAACAAGACCAUGACCGUAGGUCUCCAAAGCCAGAAAGCGUUCGACCACGUAAAACGCGUCUGGAAGUGGCUGAACGAGGGCGACCCACAUAAGAUAAUUGUCGUUGCUGGCGCCGGCGAGUGUGGAUGGAAUCCCACUCGGAUUCCCUUCUCUGCUUCAAAGGUCCGCUUCAGCGAUGCAGAUAAUACCGCGAACCUCGUUGGCAAGACAAUCGAGUGGAAGGAGUUCCAGAACUACGAACUUACCGUUGGCAACUAUCAGCCUGUAUCGACAAGCGCUUUGGCUCAACGAGAUGUCGACAAGUCCAUGACCCUCCCCUUUGAUAUCCCGCUCCCGUUUAGCAGUGGUAGUCUCAAGACCCCGGUUGAUAAUCUCGAAUUAACCUGGUAUUGUGGUGACUGUGGCACCAAAGGGUCGUUCGACCUUGGUUUCCAUAUAGAAACGAAGCUCGGCAUUCCAACGGAUGCAUCUAUCUCCCUCUCCCCUAAUGGCGUCUCAACGGUCCUCAAUCCCCGAAUUGGCAUCCAGUCCGACCUUACCGGUGACCUUGGGGAUGAGUGGGAGAUUGGAACGAUCCCCAUCGGAGGCAUCACGGUUCCUGGUGGGAUCCUUGAUGUCGGUCCGGAGAUUAUAUUCAGCCUUGGGUACUCGGUUGGGCCUCUCCAGGGCUCUGCGGGCAUCACGACAGGCGUCACAGUAACCAUCCCAGAUGAAGCAGAGCUUGAGAUUGGGCUGUUAGACCCGGAUGUUUCUUCUGACGGUUGGGAUGCGGAGGUCGAGACUGAGGAUGUCACUCUUGAUGCGCGGUUGACGGGUGAUGCCCUUGUUUAUUUCAAGGCUGCGAUCGGUCUUUCUGCUAAGGCGCUUGGCCUAGGAUUUCAAGCUGGUCUCAACCUCAAGCCCUACGCCGGUGCCGGGUUCAUGGCCCAAGCAUCAACCGACGAAGUCUGCGACGGAACUGACUACCACUACGGCAUCAAAGUGUUCCCCAAAGCCGGCAUCUCAUUGAACGCAGACGUGGCCAGAGCGAGCAAGCCCGAGGAUCCAUUAGCGGAGGCUGUCAUCGCGUCUAUCACUGCCUCUAAUCUCCCAACGUUCUGUACUGGCUUCAGUGGGGAUGCGUCUAGUACGCCGGUUCCAUCGAGCAGUGGGAUUGCGACGACGCCGCCGACUCCUAGCUCUAGCCCUAGGCCUAGCAGUACGCCCCUUUCAAGCAGUAUCCCGCUAUCUUCCAGCCACAUUUCUAGUUCCAAGCCUAGCAGUACACCCCUAUCUUCCACUCCUAGGCCUAUUCCUAGCAGUACCCCGUCAUCUUCAGCGUACCCAAGCAGUACCAGUUUGUCGCCGUCGCCGUCGCCAUCACCGUCCAAGUCUCGACAUCAACGUCAGCACUUCCACCAUGGAGCGCAUGGUAGAAGAGUUUACUAG